AUGGAUCAACAAAGACAGAAGAAACCAGACACGCCGGCCGCGGUGCGCAAUAUGGCCAGUCUGCUCCAGAGGAGAGCGGCAGAACGCCAAAAAGCAUCCAAACCACCCACUUUGGCUGCCAUAGCCGCCUCCCCAGCCUCGCCCGCAGAUCCCAGCAAAGGGACUGCGGCGGCAUCAAGCAAGGCAGGAGCUGCGGCGGCAUCAAGCAAGGCAGGAGCUGCGGCGGCAUCAAGCAAGGCAGGAGCUGCGGCGGCAUCAAGCAAGGCAGGAGCUGCGGCGGCAUCAAGCAAAGCAAUUUCGGCAGCAGCUCAUAGCGCUAGGCCCGAUCCCCAUGUGCCGACACCAAGGCGUCAAUUGCCCCUUGCAAAGCCAACCCGGCUCAAGUACGGAGAGGGAUUGGGCAGGGGAGCUUGCCGUCCAGACUCCACCAGCCAGCAGGCAAGAGCAACACCACCUGCUAGGGGACGCUCCCCAGCUAGGACACCGACGGCUACGGCGGCCGCUGGCGCUGUACGAACCCCUACUAGAAGUCCAAUGCCAGGCUUGAAAUUCCCAUCACCGGCGGACAUCCCUCCUCAUGAAUCCCCCAUGGACUGGGAUUACGGUGAACCAAGACUCAAAUCACCUGAAAAAGAAGACGAUGGUUGUGAGCCCAUGGAUAUGGACGACAGUUUGUAG